AUGUUCUCACGCAUCUCUCAGGUAACCCGGCAUCUUUCAGCUCCCGUUGUUGGCAACACCAGACGAUUCGCCCUAAGAACCAUGGCUCCUAUAUCGGCAGACGAGCGCAACUCGCGCACCAUUUCCACAGCCGCCUGUUUGAUCAUCGGUGACGAAGUCCUGGGCGGAAAGACCAACUCUGCCUAUUUUGCCAAAUGGUGCUUUAACCUCGGAAUUAACCUCAAGCGCAUCGAGGUGAUAGAGGAUGAUGAAGGUGAAAUUGUGGAGGCUGUCCAGAGAAUGAGUGACCGUUAUGACUUUGUUGUUACUAGUGGUGGGAUCGGGCCUACGCACGACGAUAUUACCUACCAAUCGAUCGCCAAGGCCUUCAACCUGCCUCUCAAGCUACACCAAGAAACCUUUGACAAGAUGAAGCUAAUGUCAAAGGUUCAUCCUAAUCAACCCAAGUUUGAUUGGGAUGUCGACUCGCCAGCAAGAAGGGCAAAACUUCGCAUGGCUGAGUUGCCAAUUGAUGAAUCUCGGGACCUUAAGAAGCAAGCUCUUUUCCCUCACGAUGAUCUUUGGGUUCCUGUAUCAGUCGUUAACGGAAAUAUACAUAUCCUGCCGGGUAUCCCUAGACUUUUUCAGAGACUUCUCGAUGGGCUGAAGCCUCACAUCCUGCCACGUCUCAGUGAUCCUGAAGGGAAGGGUACGCAUAGAGUACUGUUCUCUACGCCUCUUCCCGAGAGUGGUGUUGCCGACUACCUCACAACAUUGGCUGCCAAAGUUGGGCCCAGGGGUGUCAAGGUCGGAAGUUAUCCUCGCUGGGGCAAGAAAAACAACACGGUCACACUUGUUGGACGGGAUUUGGAGUAUCUUGAGAGUCUCGUUGAUGAAGUACAAGCUGGCAUCCAGGGUCUGCGAGUUGAUGCUGAGAGUGACGGAGAAGAAGACCCGAAGCAGAUUAAGAAGCAGGCGACCGAAGACGCGGACAAGGACACCGCGCAGCAAGUUGUUGAGAAACCUUGA